AUGUCAGAGAUCCGGACAGUGGCUCAGAUUCCCACUCGGCUUCUGACGACGAAAGUCAGCUUUUUCGGAUGCAGAGUGGAAAUUGCCUUGAGGGAGAAGGGCAUUCCUUUCAGUCGUGAUGAAGUGGACCUGAAUUGCAAACCGAAACUUCUGCUGGAUCUCAAUCCGAUUUACAAGAAGGUUCCAGUUGUGAUUCACGACGGCAAGGCCAUAGCGGAGUCCCUGAUCAUUCUCGAGUACUUGGAGGAGGUAUUUCCCGAAGUUCCCUUGUAUCCCAAAGAGCCUUUCGAGCGAGCCAAUGUCCGAUUCUGGAUCGACUACAUGUACAAAGCUUUUCACUCGAUGCACGCAGCGAUGAUGUACAGAAAGGGAUCCCUGGAGCGCAUAGCGGCGGCGGAUCACUCCAUGGAGGGCCUUCGCAAAAUAGACGAAACCAUGACGACACUGUCUGCGGACGGGCCAUUCUUCAGCGGGACGGAGUUCAGCAUCCUGGACGUUGUACUGGCACCUUUGGUUACCGCUCUGACGUCCAUCGAUGCGCUCGGUGGCAUUACUCUUCCAGGAUUCGACGAAUGUCCUCGGUUGCAUAAGUGGAUUGGCUUUAUGCAGACUCAUCCGAGUUUUCUCGCCUCCCUUCCGAGUUCAGACGUUGUCUUCAAGUAUCUGAAAAACUUGGCACGCAUCACUAUGGCAGCAGCAGCUUCUGAGAGGGUGCCAAUAAAAUUUUAG